CUCGUCUACAUCUUCACCGACGCCCAGGACGCCGACAAGGCCGCGCACGCCGGCCGCCUCUACCGCCACUUCUGGCUGCGCGCCUGCGAGCUCGCUGACUGGAUUCGCAAGACGAUGGCGGACACCCUCCAGAAGGAUUUGACGGACGUGGACUUGCAGGUGGCCGAAGCCACCGCCGAGCUCCGAGCGGUGCGUAUCCAGCUCAUCCGGGAGAAGCUGGGCGAUACCGGACCACCCCUUAUGAAGCCGGAAGGAGUCGCUCAGGCCAAGGUGCUCACCGCCCCCUUCGGAGCCGGGCUCCACGCACCUUAC